AUGUCUCUCAGACUUGGAUCUAUUGCCCCAGACUUUGAAGCCUUGACCACAAAGGGUCCUAUCAAGUUUCACGAAUUCAUUGGUGAAAAAUGGGCCGUUUUGUUCUCUCACCCUGCAGAUUUCACUCCUGUGUGUACCACUGAGUUGGGGCUGGUGGCUGCUCUCCAAGAUGAAUUUGAUGCUCGUAACGUCAAGGUGAUUGGUUUGUCUGCAAAUGGCUUAGAGUCGCACCAAAAGUGGAUCUCGGAUAUCAAUGAGAUUAGCAAUGUUCAGCUUGAUUUCCCUAUUAUCGCUGAUGACAACCGCAAGGUUUCUGUGCUCUAUGACAUGCUUGACCACCAAGAUGCUACUAACCUUGACGCCAAGGGUAUUCCAUUCACCAUUCGAUCGGUGUUUAUUAUCGACCCCAAAAAGACCAUCCGUCUCAUCCUGUCCUACCCUGCGUCGACUGGCCGCAACUUUGACGAAAUAUUGCGUGUGAUCGACUCUCUGCAGCUUGGAGACAAACAUCGUAUCACUACACCUGGAAACUGGAAAAAGGGAGACGAUGUGAUUGUUCACCCAAGUGUGUCAACCGAAGAAGCCCAGACCUUGUUCCCAAAGGGUGUCCGCGUGGUCAAGCCUUAUUUGCGCCUCACUCCUUCACCUUUCUAA